AUGCGAGUUUCGCAUCGACACGUGUUGGCAGACUCUGGCGCGCUUGCCACCCGGAAGACUUGCACAUUUGAGGUGUGGACCCUGGAUACGUCAGCCACCUUGACGAAAGACGUGGUCCCUGUGGGCAUCGGCUUCUCGAACGGGGAGUUGGCCACCAACGCAAGCAGUUCGAUAGCUUUGAUGACGGCCGCCGCCGUGACUCAUUCGCUACAGCUGCACAAGGAAUGCAUCAUGUGCCCAGAACUUCAACGGCUGUUUGCAGUCGCCGCCAUGAUCACUGCCAUCCAUGCCUUCUCCAGCAAGGCUACACCAAGGGUGCAGGUGACAGUUGGCCGCGUUCGAUACAGCCGCCGAGUUCGUGCAGACUUCAAGAAUGCAAGCAUUGGCCAUAGCCGUGUUGUGUUUGCCAUGCUGUUGUUCGCACAAGAGGUACAAGCAUUCGCAGGUCCUGAGGUUGGCAGGGCAGUUGCAACAGUGUCGGAACCACCGACCAUGUCUGGCACUGAGGUGACACAGGCCAUAACUAGGUCAGUGCAGGAGCCCGCAAGUGAAGCCAAGGGAGUCAGUGGCGCACCAACCCAAGCAGUGCCCACUGCAUAUAGCAGAUUCGUCCGUGCCAUAAUGAUGAUCAUCCCAUCGGCCAUUGUGUGCAUCAUUCUGCUCAUGUAUCCCGGCAAUGUAGCACAAUCCAUGCGGAUGCCUCCUGUGUAUGACCCGAAUGAUCACACCCAGUCCUUUCGAGCUUGGAGCCAAGACUUGAUGCUUUGGACCAUCUCUAAUGAACUGCAGCCACACCAGCAGGCUGCAAUGGUGGUAGCACAAUUGCGUGGCCCCGCACGAGAGAUGGCCAGGAGCAUCACGCCUCAAGAGCUGUACCACGGAGGAAUGUACAACGGAGUUCACCUGGACCCCGUUUCAUACAUCCUUCAAGGACCGGCAUCCAGAUUUGCACCGCUCAACGAUGAAACCCGCCUCAGGGCGGCGCAAGAGUUGCUCUCGUUCCAUCGACGAUCGCACGAGUCGAUUGAUGGGCUCAUAACUCGAUUCGAGAUUGUUCGUAGCCGAGCUAGACAGGAAGGAGGAGGUGCCACAGUGUCAACCGAGACCGCCGCACUCCUUCUGCUUCGUGUAUGCAAUUGCAACCCGGAGCAAUUCCAGUCCUUGACGCAACCCUUCGGCUACAGACUCCCGAACACAGACGAUGAGUUCACCAGACUUUGUGCCCACAUCCGUCGGUUAGGUCACAUCGCAGAGCGCCAGCCACUGAACAUUGCCAGCACACUCCGACAGGGCCAAGGCCAGACUCAGCAUUUCCAUGUCAAUGAUGCUGAGCAGUUCGGAGCAUCAAGCCAAGAUGCAUGGCAAUCAGGCUGGGAAGCAUCAGGUGAGGCAGGCUGGAAUCAUGCACCUGGUUCAUGGAACACACCAGAUUCCACCAAUGCAUGGGCAUACCCUGUCACUGAGGGCAACAACAGUGACACCGAUUCGGCCACGUCGUCCGACUCAGGCGGUCAGUUGGAUACCUCCGACUUUGCCCACAUGCCAGAACACGAAGCCGAUCAAUACCUCUUUGGCGAGUACCAGCACGCCAAGAAGAGAUGGAGACGCUUCUCAGGCAAGCCUGUUCGUGCCCUUCGCAGAGAGGGCUCAGUGCACUUCGCAACCUUCGAGCAGGCUUCUGCCGCCAGUGGCCCACCAAGUGAAGCCGACAAUGCAAGUUGGUCCAAUGUUGAGCCAAGUGCACCUCCGCAGCAGUCAGGUGAUACAACCAGUGCAAGCUGGACCAAUGUCCACCAGCUGACACCAGAUCAGCAGAACGAUCCUUGGAAUGAUGGCCAAGAUCCAUGGUCGCAAGGAUAUCAUGAGUGGUCGCAAGAUGCAGUGUGGCAGCCACAGCCAAUGCAAGUUGGCGAUCCAUGGAUGCAGUGGCACAUCGACAGUCGGCAGAUGCAACAUGCACAGUCGCAGCAGUUCAAUAUGGUCAACGCAGCCCUCAAUGCCAAUUCGUGGUUCAUGCCAUAUGACCAGAACAGGCCGGCUGCCCAGUAUGAACAAGUUCAACUGCCGAUCAUACCACAGGUGAGCGCCAUCCAAGAAGCUGUUCGCGCCGCAGAAAUGCAGCAGAGUGCCACAAGCAAUGCACGUGAGCCAUCGAGCAGUUCGUCGCAGCCACCAGUAUGGUUUCAACAACCUGUUAGGACUUCGAUGCCUCAAGCACCACAAACUCCCGAGCAAGUUGCAGUAGCUACAGCCUCGGAAGUGGUGUCCAUCUUCGCCGAAGUGCAUGCUGCAAGGUUCGCACAAGCUGAGAGGUCACGACCGCAGUCACGACCUCGGAAUGAAGUUCGUCCGUUCAGCAACCAGUGCACCAUAUGCCAGCAGACCUUCAACCAAGGCGAAGAGAUUUUGAGGAUUGAAUGCGGUCACAUGUUCCAUAGCAUAUGCUUCAGUGAGAUGAUGCAGCACUCCGAAUCCGAGGGCAAUGCCGUGCAAUGCCCGAACUGCCGUUCGGAUGCAAUAGUUGUGAGCACAUGGAUGUAUGCAAUCCCAGCCGCAAGAUCCGAAGUGCCCACCGAACCUCCAGCAACGCCAUCACAAUCACGUGCACCACUGGACCUCCCCACAGAGGAGGAGACUGCCGACAGGCACAAUGCCAUCCUCGAUCUAGGUAAGAAGAUGAUGCACCUGAUCCCGGACGAUCGUGAAGCGGAAUAUGAACUUCCCGAAGGCACAGAAUCCUAUCCGCUAAAGCAGGACCGUGAGUCCUCAGCCAGCGGAUCAGGACUGCAACGCGACACGGAUGUCCCCAUGGAGGAUGUCGCAGCAGCACCAUCAGCCGGUCCAACCAAGAUGGAAGUCGAUUCGACACCUGCCGCCAAAGCGCCAGAGCCCGCCACAGAGCCUCCAGCUGAGGCCACUCGCACAGCGGAAGAGAGCAGCCAUCACGCCGCUGAGUCCAAACCACCGACUGCAGCACGUGACGAUGUGCCUCAGUUCUUACCGCCAUCCCGCAAACUUCAUGGAGCACCUCAAGCCGCAAGGGCUGCUGCUGGAGUCGAGUACGGUCCAGUGAGAAGGCGACAAGAGCGUCCAGAAGAGAUGGAAGAAGUGGAGGUGGAUGAGGAGUCAGGCGAAUCGAGGAGGGUGCGACAGUUCAAGCUGACUGAAGCGGGAGUUGCAGCUGCCGCCAAAGCAGUACCGAAGUCACCUCCAGAUUCACCGACAGAGCCAGACAAUGCGAUCGACAAGCGAGGCUGCCAAGGCCAGCGGAUCGUCCGCGUCGGGACCGCGGAUGGUCGAGUGACGGCCAGCAAGCGAGAGCAAUGGCCCACUCUCGCCAUCCGCAUUCGGCCUAUCGAGAUCACUAGAAGUCUUGAAUUCGAUAGAGUCCUUGAAGACAUCAAGCAACAGCACUACGCCUUAGUCUGGAUUGACCUCCAAAUGCCAAAGAUCUUUUGUGGCCUGCCAAGGUAUGCAGAGGUCAUGGCACGGAUCCAAACGGUGGUCAUGACGGCCCGGCGAAAUUCUGUUGAUGUAUUCUUGGCAAGCAACCGGCAUGAUGCCGAAGGCAUCUCAUCGGAAGAUGAGUCAGAUGUGGAAGUGCCAGUAGGUCUCAGCCAAUCAUUGUCCUGUUGGAUUGGCAACGGCAGCCAAACUGCCGAGUCUCCAGAGCUCACGGGGCAGUCCUAUCUAGCCUGCGACAUAGACGAAAUGUUGAGCACUUUAGAAAAGCACCCAGGCACUCCUUGGCCAUGGGGAGUUGAGAUUCUGGUUCGAGCAGAACUUCGAAAGAUGAAGAAGGAGCAGGCCUAUCCCACAGUGGCCACCGACACUUCCGACCCAAAAGGUGACCCAGUGGAAGAAAGCCCUUGGAGGAAGUGCAAAGGAUGCCUGUGGCGCCUUCAGAAGUUCGACUCUCGACACUCUCGAAUCCCGGGAGAAUGCAAGCAUCCUGAUGUAGAGGCCAUCGAGUUCAAAUGCCCAGGCUGCAUGAAAGAUUCGCUAGAAGAACCGAUUCCAGCAAUAGAGGAUGCACCCCGAGCUGGCAGAGGCCCAGACCUCGAGCAAAGGAUCCGAAGAACAUUCGAUGAAGGUGAAACCCAAACACCAGUUCCAAACGACUGGUCAUCAUUCGACGUCGGAUCUUCAUUGCGUGGAAUCAAGUUCUCGUCAGAAGACGGCCAACGGCGAAUUCUGCGGAAGCUGCAUGUGCGAUGGUGGCACAUCUCGGCGCACCGCAUGAAGGCGGUGUUGCACAAGGCCGGCAUCCCUAAGGCAACUCUCGACUUGAUAGACGGCAUAGUUGAUACCUGCAGAAUCUGCCGUCUCUGGACUCGACCGAUUGCCGACACCGUCGCAAGCUCGCGCAUUGUGACAGGCUUCAAUGUUGAGGUAGAAGGUGACUUGGUGUUUUAUCGCUACGACAAGAUGCACACCAUUUUGCACAUGGUCGAUAGAGGCACAAGGUGGGCUGCCGCCUACCUUCUGCAGGACAAGACGACCAGUCAGAUCCUGCAAGGAUUCGACCAGUGGCUGAGCACCUUCGGACCACCACAGGUCCUGAUCUUUGACGGCGAGCAAGGCCUCAAGGACGACGAAGCCAGGAUGUACUUUGAAAUCAAAGGCAUCACCAAGCGCGAAGCUGCAGUUGGCCAACACACCCGCAUUGUGGAUCGGAGGACCCAAGUUCUCCGGGACACAAUGCACAAAAUACAGUCGCAGAUGAGCGAAGAGGGGUUAAGAGUACCAAUAACUAGAAUCCUCUCUGAAGCAGUCUAUGCGACCAACGCCUUGACUACAGUGAACGGCUACUCGCCAUUCACGGCAGUGCUAGGUAGAGUUCCUCCCAUCAUGCCUGAUGCAAUAGCAGUAUCAGACGAUUCAGCCGGUGCACCAAGCUCAGCCCACACACACCGUUCGCGUGAGAUUGCCAUUCAGGCCAUCGUGGAAGGAACAGCUCGAGAACGCAUGAAGCGUGCGCUGCAUACACCGACCAGGGUGUCCGGUGAGGAACUUGAGCUAAAAGUUGGAGAAGCUGUGGAGUACUUCCGCCCACCGGAAGGAAAGGAAUCUUCAGGAUGGAGAGGCCCAGCGACUGUCGUCGACCUGACCAGCAGGCUUGAGCAUGGCAGGAUCGGCAUUCGAACACGGGCAGACAAUGUGAUCACCUGCCGCGUCCAAGAUGUCCGCAGGUGCUUAGCAUACUGGGCCAGUCCGUCCAUCAUUAAUAAGAACUCCAACCAUGCACAGCAGAUCGCUCAAGAAGCCAUAGACCAAUUUAAGAAAGGCACUGUCAUUACAUUGGGCCAAAUCCGUAACCAAAAGGGUGAAUGGUGCAUGUCCAAUACCACCAAGCAACAUCAAGGUCUCUUUGCCGCCAUCAUGCAUGUUGCAAAGAACGUGUUUAACAUCACUAACAUAGUGGCAGCAAGAUGUGGUCUAGGAGUCAAGCAGAUCCCAGCAAAAGAAGAAUACACUGGAUCGCUGACGAUCCAUUGGACCGCGCCAGGAACUAAAGCAUUGCAGUUUUUCCAAAGCCAGAGCACCAAUGUUUCGUUCUCAGGUCUCGCAGGAAGCGAGUGGGUGAACACCCGGUUCAUCCAAUGCUUGCAGGCGCCUGACACAGAAGAAUGGCUCAUUGGGAGCCACAGAGGCCAUGCCGAUGUCGCUGCCAUGGACCAUAAGGAUACCCAAGAGCUGCCCGACUUGGAGGCAUCCAAGACCAAUCUCGCCAGCCUUCAAGCAGCCGCAGAAGCUGAUGUUCCAGAAUGGUAUGAAGUAGAAGCCGAAACGCAAAAGAGUUUCCUUGCUGAGGAAGCAUUCGCAGACAGCCUACAAGAUGCACUUCGUGACUCGAACCCCAGUAUUGAUGAAGAUGAACGAGGUUCAUAUGUUGCCCUUGAAGCUUACGGCAACAUGUGCAAGGUCAUCGAAGGUUUGCCUAGGCUGCCAGGCCCACAUGAACAUGUUGAGCUGCGCAUCUAUCAAACCCACACUCGUAAGGCAGUGAUUGAUCGUAGUGAUGAUCUCCUCACCAAAGAGGAAGAAGUAACCCAUGCGCCAGAACUUGUCCAAGCUAUCCUUGAUGAGCUAAAGGUAUGGCAAGGCUACCAAUGCUUUGAGCGCCAGCCAAGGCAUCAAGCUCAUAAUGUGAUAGAUGUUAAGUGGGUAUAUAAGUGGAAGAUUAAAGGUGGUAAGAGGUUCAUCAGAGCAAGGCUAUGCAUUCGAGGCUUUAAGGACACAGGAGCAGACGAUGACGUGAAUACAUCACCAACAGCCACCAGGCUGAGCCAGCGCCUCCUUGUGUCUGAAACGGUGGUUCGUGGUUGGAUCCUGGGAUCCACCGACAUCCCAAAAGCCUUCUUGCAGGGAGUCACUUAUGCCGAAUUGGCACAAGAGACAGGACGUCCAGAACGCCAAGUCAGCUUUGAACUGUGUGGCCAGCCACAAAAUCCUCGCAAGCUGGUCUACCGAAAGAUGGAGUACCCAACCAGCUUGGUGGUCUACAGUGAUUCUGGUUUUCAGGCAAAAUCAGAUUCAGGCCUUAGUGUUCGCGGAAUGCUUGCAGUAAGGAUGACCACGUCAGAUGUCAACCAGCUCUACAAAGGAGCGAGUACUCCAGUGGAUCUCAAAUGCCAUGUGAUUGAGUGCGCAUCAAAAUCACAGCGCCAUGUCACAAGAUCCACCUUCGCUUCAGAACUGUUUGCCUCGACAGAUGCAGUGGAUGCCACUACCCUCACCAGACUGGCACUCCAUGAGCUGCAUCAAAACAGUUUGAGCGAGAGUGAAGCUCGCAAUAUCUUGACAGGUGACACACGGUCUCCAAUAGACCUGCACAUCGUACUGGACGCGAUGAGUGUCACCUCGGCCAUCGUGGCACCAACCCUGAAGGUGCCGGCCGAGAACAGCCUUGUGGUCCAUCUCAGAUGGUAUCGCCAACAGCUUCAGAGAGGCAUCUUGAAAUUGGCUUGGGCAGAUACCAGAGACAUGAUCGCCGACGGCAUGACAAAGGGCUCAGUGUCGAGAGAAGCCCUUGAGAAAGCGAUGGAAGGAUUCAUCGCAUGCCAUCGGCAGUUCAAGGCCCAACAACUCGCGUGA